GCCGCUUUAAUUAAGACACCCGCUAACAGCUGAUUACCGGCACUAACUUACCAACAUUGUGGGCUUGCAUACGUUAGCAGCUAAAUCUAAAUAUUCUGUUAGCUUCUUACUCAUAGAUUAUAACCUAGAUACAUUUUCAUACGCCACUGACAACCUCAUUCCUUCUGACAAUCAGUUGUUGGCUGACAUUCGCGGCAAGAAGUCGCAAUUAAGUUUACGGCGCGCAUCCAAAAUUUCAUUUUUGAUGAAAUUAAAUAUUUAAAUAGCUUUAAUUACAUUGUUUCAUAUAAAACAAUAGUAGUCCUAAAAGUCAUCUACAAUGUCGAUCGCUUUGAGUUAAAUAUAUAUUCUUGAUUUUGUAACAAAGAAGAAGGUGCUUGAACUUCUAGAAUGUACGAAAUACCGAGUAAUUUGUGUUUGGAGUGGAAGAAUCUUAAUUAUCAUGUGCCAUCGAAUGAACAAAGCAAUUAUACAUUUUGGCAAGAGUGCCGGAAGGUUAAGGAACUGCGCAUACUCAAAGACGUCAGUGGCCAUAUGAAAACUGGCAAUUUAGUUGCCAUAUUGGGUUGCAGCGGUGCCGGCAAGACCACACUACUUGCCGCCAUAUCGCAACGUUUGCGAGGUAAUUUAACCGGUGAAGUCGUAUUGAAUGGCGUGGCCAUGGGACGAGAUGAAAUGACGAGCAUAUCGAGCUUUUUACCGCAAUUCGAAAUCAAUGUGAAAACAUUUACGGCCUACGAGCAUUUAUAUUUCAUGUCGCACUUCAAAAUGCAUCGUAAAACGACAAAAGCACAGAAACGUCAGCGUGUCAACGACCUAUUACUCGCUUGUGGCUUACGAGAUGCGACCCAUACGCGUAUACAAUCGCUUUCGGGUGGCGAACGCAAACGGUUGAGUCUGGCCGAAGAGCUUAUCACCGAUCCACCAUUCAUAUUUUGUGAUGAACCCACCACCGGUUUGGAUAGCUACAGCGCAUACACGGUGAUUAAAACGCUACGUCAUCUAUGUACACGUCAUCGCGUUACGAAACAUUCACUCACGUCGGUAUAUGGCGAGGACUCGUUUACUACGCCGCCCAGCAGCAGUGAGCAAAGCACGAGUAAUUCCAUUGAAAUGGAGGUGCUGGAAUCCGAUGAGAAUAUAUUCGACUCGAUUAAGGAGAUACCCACACUCGGUGUGCUCAACAAUAGUCCCAAUGGGCGGCACAAGAAAGCCAUCAUCUGUUCCAUACAUCAGCCGAGUUCGGCUGUCUUUGAACUCUUCACACACAUUAUACUAAUGGAUGCGGGACGUGUUGUAUAUCAAGGUAGCACUGAUCGUGCUUUUCAGUUUUUUACCAAUUUAGGUUACGUGUUACCGCAAAAUUGCAAUCCAGCCGAUUUUUAUUUGAAAACAAUCUCCGAUUCGCACACACAAGGCAAGGACGGUGAAUUGAUCAAAACGAAAUAUGAGAAUGAGACAUGGGGUCGGUAUUCGGGAAGUUGGUUGUUGGCGCGCUCUUACAGUGGCGAUUAUUUGUACAAUAUUAAAAAUUUCAAAAAGAUUCGUUGGAUCUACCAAGUUUACUUGCUACUAAUUCGAUUCAUAACAGAGGAUAGUCGAAAUAUAAAGCGCGGCUUUAUUUCACUGGGACUCUUUAUGAUAACCUCAGUGACUUUGGCCAUCAUGUACUCCGGCGUGAGUGGUCUGACACAGACAUCAGUGCAAGAUAUUGGUGGCUCCAUAUUUAUGUUGUCCAGUGAAAUGAUAUUCACUUUCUCGUAUGGCGUGACCUAUGUCUUCCCUGGCGCACUGCCGAUUAUGCGACGUGAAGUGGGCGAAGGCACCUACAGCCUUUCCGCUUACUAUGUGGCAGUCGUAUUGUCCUUCAUACCAAUGGCUUUCUUCAAAGGUUAUGUUUUCUUCUCUGUUAUUUAUGGCACUGUCUAUUAUGCAAGAGGAUUUAUGUUAUUUUUGACAAUGGGGCUGGUGUUGGGUCUCUCCGCUGUUACGGCUACCGCGUAUGGUCUCUUUCUGUCGAGCUUCUUUGAGACUGAUACCAUGGCUACGGAGUGUGCCGCACCUUUUGAUUUGAUAUUUCUAAUUUUUGGUGGCGCUUACUAUAAUGUAGAUUCAAUACCGUAUCUAAAAUAUUUUUCGUUAUUCUUCUAUUCCAAUGAAGCUUUAAUGUACAACUUUUGGAUAAAUGUGGAUGAAAUUGUUUGUCCACAAAACCUGGAUCAUCCUUGCGUGCAAAAUGGUGUUGAAGUCUUAAAGCGUGGUUCUUUCAAAACGGCCGAGUACACUUACUGGGUGGAUUGCUUGGGUCUUUUGGGUUUGGCUGUCGUUUUUAAUGUAGUGGCUUAUUAUUUUAUAAGAAAGUAUGUAAAGAGAAGUGGUUACUAUUAGAAAAAAUAGUUAAUUUUAUAGAUACCUUUGUUGGACAAUAAUUAUGGAAUAUAAGUAACUAAAUAAAAUAUAAUUUUUACUGGAAUACAUGUUUUAU